AUGCAGCGGAUGUACAGUGAAAGUCGCCUUCCAUUUUCAAGCUGGAUUGUCCCAGACCCUCGCAAUCCAGUUAGAAGCGAGAAGCCCGAGGUGCCACCACCGGUAUACGCCAGAGAUCCAGACUUUGGCUUCGACCUUAGUCCUAUUCUCAGUGACAAGCUCGCCGGCCUAUCCCUCACCCCCACCAAUAUUGCCCCCAAUUUGCACAAAAGUCUGAGCGCUCUGACCUCCCUGGACAAGGGCCAAUGCGAUGCGUUAAUCUUUGCAUUGUCUCAAGAGUUCUGCCUGAUCCAAGGACCACAUGGGACCGGAAAGUCAUAUUUGGGUGUGCAACUGAUGCGGGUCUUGGUUUCGAACAAAGCGCGAGCCAAUCUUGGUCCUAUCGUCGUCGUGUGCUAUACGAAUCACGCCCUAGACCAGUUUCUAGAGCACCUGGUUGACCAAGGAAUGGACAAGGUUAUUCGGAUCGGCUCGAAGAGUUCCUCAGAAGCGAUGGAAGGAAAGAAUCUCAGGGCGAUUGCUCGAGAAGCGGACAAAACAGGCGGAGAGAAUUACACCCUCGGCACAUGUCAUUCUAGCCGUGAAGAGAUGGAGAAGAAUCUGCAGAAAAAAUUCGGCGCGCUCCAAGCUUUGAACCGAAGAUACUGGGGAGGAUUCGACCACCAUUUACGGCGCAUGUAUCCUGGAAUUCACGCGCAAUUUUCAGGGAAGGAUGCUGAAGGGUUAAUAACACAAGAAAAGGUUCCAGACCGAUUCAAACGAUGGGUGCAGGAGUCAACAAAAGGCAAUACCCAAAUCCACUCCGUGGGGAGACUGCAAGAUAUCAUCGAGAAAGCCAAGCGAAACGUCUGGAGUCUCUCGGACAACGAUCGCAAAACCCUUAUGAACCAUCUAAUGCAAGAAAUUCGGGAAAGAAUUAUUGAUGGGAUACUCGACGAUUUCCGCGAAGAUGAUGCGUUUGCCAAGCAGAUUCGAGAUGUGUACGACGAGGUAGACCGAAGGAUUUUGGCUGAUGCUGAUGUUAUCGGCGUCACCACAUCUGGUCUUGCCAGGCGCAUCUCUGUCUUACGCCAUAUCGAGAGUCGUGUUGUCAUCUGUGAGGAGGCUGGUGAGGUACUGGAGGCACAUAUGCUUUCUGCGUUGAUCCCUAGCGUGCAGCAUCUUAUCCAGAUUGGGGACCACCAACAACUCCGACCGCAGAUUGUUAAUCACAAGCUAUCCAUGGAAAGUCAUAGCGGUGAUCUCUACCAGUUGGAUCGCAGCCAGUUUGAACGCAUGGCACUGGGUGAAUCCGGCCUACCCGCAUUUCCUACUUCUCAGCUGAAUGUGCAAAGCCGCAUGCGCCCAGAGGUGUCCACACUUAUUCGAAAUACACUCUACGAGAGGCUUGUAGACAGCGACACAGUGAAGAACCUACCAAAUGUUGUGGGAAUGGGGAAGAACGUGUUCUGGCUCGACCAUGAGAAUCAGGAGGAUGCUGCGGAUCAAGAGUCCCGAGGACGCUCUAAGAGUAAUAAGUGGGAGGUCGCGAUGACCCACGCUUUGGUCCGGCAUAUAGUGCGACAGGGAGUCUACAGCAGCAAGGAUAUCGCAGUACUUACCCCAUAUGGCCACGAGGACACUACUCCAAACGGCACGGGGCACGCUCUACUACAGAAGAAAGCAAUGACCAAACUUUUGCGAAUCGCGACAGUCGAUAACUUCCAGGGCGAGGAGGCCAAAGUUAUCAUCAUCUCAUUGGUUCGCAGUAAUAUGGACAACAAAGUUGGGUUCUUGAAGACCAGCAAUCGGAUCAACGUCUUACUGAGCCGUGCCAAACAUGGGAUGUAUCUCAUUGGCAACUCCAAAACAUACGCCAAUGUUUCGAUGUGGUCCAAUGUGCUGGGUAUGCUGCGUAUGACCGACUCAAUUGGGCACAAGUUCAGUCUUCACUGUGACUGUCAUCAAGAAACGGAUGCCAUGGUCGCCACUCCAGAGGAUUUUGAGAUUCUAAGCCCCCAGGGGGGUUGCAGGAAGCAGUGUGACCAUAAAUGCCACUCUGAUGCCCUUCACAAGGCCUUUAAAUGCCCGUUGCCCUGUCCGCGGCUGUUUCAUCCAUGCGAGCAUGAUUGCCCCAAGCUCUGCGGUGAGCCUUGUGGCCUCUGCAUGACGGCCGUCCAUGAUAUCCAGCUGCCGUGCGGUCAUAUCAAGGCUAAGGUUCCAUGCCACGAAUCUCAAAGUCCAGAGAAGGUAAAAUGUCAUGUUUUGGUCAAGAGGGCGGUUCCAUCCUGCGGACAUGUCGCAAAGGUUCCUUGCUUCGUGGAUGUCUCGUGCAAGACGUUUCGCUGUGGAGAGCCUUGCCAACAGAUCCUUUCGUGUGGGCAUAAGUGUCCUGGAACUUGCUAUAACUGCGCAUCGCAGCUGCAAAAGGAAGCAGGCCCAAAAAAGACGAUGCACCAGAAGUGUAAAGUUAUAUGCGGAAGAAAGUACGGAAGCUGCCAUCACACCUGCCCUCGUACAUGUCAUGGCGGUGAGGGCUGCGGAGUGUGCCAUGCAAAAUGCGAGGUUCGCUGCGCACACUCAAAGUGUCCUAAGAAGUGCUAUAAAGCAUGCCCUCCGUGUGUGGAAAGAUGCACAUGGCAAUGCGAACAUCAGGGACAAUGUGCCCUUCCAUGUGCCGCCCCUUGCAACCGCCUUCCGUGUUCCAACCGUUGCACAAAACCCUUGCGAUGCGGCCACCAAUGCCCAGGUCUUUGCGGAGAACGUUGUCCAGAAGGUUACUGCCAGAUUUGCUCUGACAAGGGCGACGCGAGAGUGGAUAUGCUUGAAUUCAAGUCAUACUCAGAGAUUGGCCUCGACGAGAGUCCAAUUGUCGUUCUGGGUUGCGGUCACUUCUUCACAGCGGAAGCCCUAGACGGACAUAUUAGUAUGCAUGAUGCGUACCGGACGGGCCAGACAGGAGAGUAUAUCGCUCUAUCCCGGUCGAGCUCGCUAAGUCAAUUUAUUCCGCGUGGCCCAGACUGCCAGAGUCCAAUACAGCAAUACGUUACGCAGCGGUACAAUCGAGUCAUCAAUCAAGCCGUCCUCGACGAAACGUCCAAGCGGUUCAUGGAAAUGGUCGCCAAUCUAGCUAGGAAGAUCUCGCGGUUUAAUGCCGAGGCUUCCCACAAAGAGCAACCGGUUCGAAAACUGCAUGAUGCGACAGCGAAGGCAAUGCGAGCAGCAGGGAUAGAUUCGCAAAUGGAAGGCAUUUCCAUCGGGUACCACAUCCCCAAUCUUUCCCCGGACCAGCGUAUCGUUACUGGUGGUAACAUGAAAUUUUUAAAGCUUCACUAUACCCUCAUGAACAAUCUUCUUCAACUGGCCAAAACCCAUAGACACGUCGCGGCGACCGAGGCAGUGAAUGACGCAAGAAAGCUGCUGGGAUCAACUGAGAGCUUUAUCGGGGACCCUGUCUCGGAAAGCUUUCCUGCCAUGAUCGUCGAGGUCAAGCUGUAUUAUGCCGAGAUUGCGCUCUUACUUCGCACUCACCGCGGCGUACCGGGAAUGGAGACCGAAACGGCAGCCUACGGCGCAAAGGCCACGGAGUACCUGCAGGAAGCUGAGCGGCUUUGCGGUAAAGGCUUUAAGGAUGCGGAUGAGCUGCUCAAGGCAGCCAGGGAGUUGCUGAAAUUGCUUGACGAGAAGUGGUACGAGGAGGUCACAAGCAAGGAACUCGAAGCUAUCAAGCUCGCCAUGGUCAGUGGACGCGGAGGAAUCUCCACUCAUUCUGGGCAUUGGUACAACUGCGAGAACGGACAUCCAGUAAGUCUUGCUAUUCACCUAUCCCUGCGUUCUGGACAUGACUAA